AUAACACAUGUUAAGGUUUAUGGCGUGGCAAUAUGGUGUCAUCAACGUAACCAAUUUUUUGAUACGAGAGAAGUGGAAGGAUUCGUUUCCAUCUAUGAGAAUGAGAUAGUCAGAUGAAGAGUUUUUAAUCGUUUGCAUAUCAAGGGGAGUGGAAAGAGACUAACAAUGGCUAUAAGGAAGGUGAAAAGAGAUUAACAACGGCUAGAGGAAGGCGAGGGGUCUUUUAGGCGGAUACCAUAUUUUAUAUGAUAAAAAUCACUACGAAUUCUGGAUGAUGAUUCAUUAUAAAAUCAAGAGUUACAGUAAAAUAGGAAAGUAUAUCUACGUAACUAAAUCUAACAAAUUCCUGGCUUAUAGUGGAUGAUGGAUAACUCCAUGGGAGCCCUAGAUAUUUUAUCAUGUUAAUCUGCAAUAUCCAUUGAUGGAAACCCAGUUCUAUCUCCAUGGCGACUCUUGUGUACCCCUGCAUUCCAACCGCCUUGUUCUUGCAAAAUCGUCGUCAAUCAGCUCCACUAACUCCCGUCCGGUGUUCUUCUUCGGCCACCGUUAAACUGCCCACUUCUAAGGCAAUAACAAGUUCCAAUGGCGGAAAAAGCACCGGCGCUGCAGUUCUUUGGUACAAGAAUGAUCUUCGUGUCGAUGAUCAUCCAGGUUUAAUUGCUGCCUCGAAGCAUACGGUGGUUGUUCCUCUGUAUGUCUUCGAUCACCGGAUUCUUCGCUGCUUUACUGAGGAAAAGCUUGAGCUGCUCCUCUUUGCUGUGAAAGAUCUGAGAAAGUCAUUGAAGGAUCAGGGAUCUGAUCUGAUGAUCAGGUUCGGGAGGACAGAAUCUGUAAUCCAAGAUCUUGUAAAAGAGGUCAGAGCUGCAAACAUUUACACACAAGAAGAGGUGGAAUAUGACUUACAGUUGGUAAUUGAGAAGGUUAAAGAAAACUUGGGAGACAUAAAGAGCCCUAAAAUAUCUCUAUGGAAUACCCCCUUUUAUGAUAUCAAGAACAUUAUGGACAUCCCAUUGUCAUAUGAUGAGUUUCAACAAUUAAAAUUUUCCAUACAUUCACCUCUUUCAUCCCCAAAGUUACCUGCUAUAUCAACAGAUUUAGCCUGGGGUGCUCUACCAACACUGAAUGAUUUGAAGGAAUUCAUAGAUGAGAAUCCAUACAAAUCAAAAGAUAGCUGGACUUCCAUCAAGAGCAAUUCAGCCGAAUACGUAAUGCAGAAUGCUAGGAUUCUUGCAUCAAAUGGUCUGACUAGUCAAACCAAUUUGAUGCCCCUUACUAAAACUAACAAAAAAAGAUUGAAAAAGUCAGCAUUCAUAACACAACAAGGAAAUGCUAUUGGAGGUGGAACAAAUGAUGUGCUUAAUGCAUUGUCAGCAUAUCUAAAAUAUUUAGAGGGUACUACACGCGAUGAUUGGCAGGAGGUGCAUGACAAAUUACGCAAGGCUGAAACACGUGAAGGAUCUUCAUUUGACAGAAAUGGUGGAUUUCUGUCACCCUUUGGGUACUCAACUGCCACCAUUGCUGCAGCAGCUGGGCAUGUUCUCUCAACAGAGUGGUAUAGUCUUUUGGCAUCAAGAAGUCAACUUGAUUCAACUAAAAGAUAUUCUAUUCGAUACUGGAAGUGGAAUGGUUAUCUAAUACAGUAUACUGUUGUGGGAAGUGAAGGUCCUGCAAUUCUUCUUGUGCAUGGUUUUGGUGCUUUUUUGGAGCAUUAUCGUGAGAAUAUUAAGAAUAUAGCUGAAAAUGGAAACUGUGUUUGGGGCAUUACACUUUUGGGAUUUGGAAGAUCAGAGAAACCAAAUGUUAUAUACACUGAACUUCUGUGGGCUGAGUUUAUAAGAGAUUUUAUAGUUGAUGUUAUUCGGGAACCAGUUCAUCUUGUUGGGAACUCAUUUGGAGGCUAUUUUGUUUCAAUUGUUGCUGGUUUAUGGCCUGCUUUAGCUAAGUCUGUGGUCCUGUUGAAUAGUGCUGGGCAUUACAUUCCAGAAUAUUCUUCUGUACCUCCCUUUAAGGAAAGGAAAACUUCAGGAAUUGCAUGGUUAGGUGCUAGGGGCAUUUCAGGCUACCUGAAGUUGAGUGAUCGUGCUGAUGAAGGGCUUCUCAGUGAGAUGGUAAGGGCAUCAUAUGACCCUGGUGCAGUGGUGGUUUUGGAAAGCCUUUUUACAUUUGAUCCUUCAAUUCCAAUGAAUUAUGUACUCAAAGGACUUGAGGAAAAAGUCAUGAUUAUUCAGGGGAUGAAAGACCCGAUUUCUGAUUCAAAAACCAAAGUAAAUCUUGUCAAAAAACACUUCAAAGAAAUUGAAAUCAAGGAGUUAGAUGCAGGACACUGUCCCCAUGAUGAGGUACCAGAAGAAGUCAACUCUAUCAUUCAGGAAUGGGUGGUCAAUGUUGAAAACAGAUGUCAGAUAUUGGAACAAAAAGUCAAAGAUAGCAGAACGCCAACCAAAAAACAAAGUCUUGAAAAAGAGUUUAGUGGUCAAACCUCUUGAAAAAAAAAGUUUUGAGGUACCUAAAAUGGAACAAUUAUGAAACUUGAUUGGUAUUUAGUGACAUUAUCUCUUAUUCUUUUGUGUUAGCUUCACAUCAGCCAUUGAAGAACACACCAAAUGCUAUGUAAUAAGUAUUUAAUAAAUAAUAAACGGUUUAAUCAUCAACCAUAGGUGCCUAGAAAGUAUUUAUAUAACACUAGGAAGAGAAGUAAUGUUGGGACCUCUAAAUGAGUUUCAUUUGCGAUGUUACUACCUUGUUUAUG